AUGGUUGUGUUCAGUGGCGUGCUUUCAUCGAGCACAUGUUCCCAUCCAUGGGUGUGGCAGAAGUUGAAUGCUCUGGGAUGCUAUGGAAAUGUGAUCGGCGGGCUCUCCUCCAAGAUUGAUCGUGAAGCUAGUGAUGGGAAGGAGGUCAGUCUCGUGAGUUCGCUCAAGCCUCGUGUGCGCUCAAACUCAUCCCGAGUGUUGUCCUCAAAGUACGGAAAGGAUUCAGAAACCAAGCUCCGCUUCAUAACCGCACAAAGUGACCAGGCAGACGAUCGUCCUGGCAGUGACUUCAUCGAGAUCACGAGAGCGAAGCGUCGAGAACACGAUUACGACGGCGCCGACGAUCAGAGCGGCAGUGUGGACUAUCGUUCUAUCGAUGGAAAGGCAAAGGCGAACGAUCCUUCAAUCGACGAUGACCUGGAAGUGGUCGACUCUGAUGAUAAUGCCAGCACUGACCUUGAGCUGCGCACACGGCAAGAAAGUGCCGUACUUUCCAAGAAAGCUAAAGCCAAUCCCAAGUCUCUGGAAGCGUGGCUAGCGCUAGCAGAGCAUCAAAGCAAGCUGGUCCGGCCCGGCAUUGAUGUCUCUUCAUUGACGAGCUCCGAACGACGCACUCUUGCCGAUCUCAGGUUGUCAAUCUUCAAUGAAGCAUCAAAGCAUAUUUCACCAGGGACAGCUGGCCGAGAGUCCCUGCUCAGUGCCAUGGUCGAUGAAGGCAGGCUUGUGUGGGAUAACGCCAAAUUGGCUUCGAAGUGGAAGGAAGCACUGGUCGAACAAAAUUCUAGCGUCCUGCUAUGGGCCAAAUAUCUCAACUUUGUUCAGGACAGCCAGUCCAAUUUCCGUUACGAGACCUGCAAGCAUGCCUACGUGGAGUGUCUCAACAUCCUUCAUAGGGCUUGCGAAAGUGCCAACGAUGCGAGCAGGCCGGAGAUCAGCAGGAUUCAGAUCUACCUUCUUCUCCGCUUCACGGUAUUCGUUCGUGGGGCUGGCUACGACGAGCUCGCCAUAGCUAUCUGGCAAGCUCUGAUUGAGAUGCACUUCUUUGCGCCAUCUUCGCUAUCCUCGGCCGGUGUUUCGGAGCGAUUGUCGUCCCUAGAAGAGUUCUGGGAGAGUGAAGUUGCAAGAGUUGGUGAGGAGAACAGUCUUGGCUGGGCGAAAUACCAUGAUUCUGGCGAGGGCACUCCACGCGAAAGUCAGCCGGCCGUCAAGGACAAGACCGUUCUUUGCAAUUCUUUGCAGAAUUUCGCCGACGAGGAGAACACCCUUGGCAGUGCUUUCCUACUGCCAGCAUCUACUUACGACGAUGAUGCUGUGACAGAUCCGUUUCGCUGCGUGAUGUUCUCAGACAUCCGCGAAGUUAUCGAACCGCUGAGCAACACAAAGAUACAGUCUUGGUCCAUUGUUGAAAGCUUCUUUCACUUCAUGCGACUACCCGCCAUCUCGUUGCAAUCGAUUCACCUGGAUGCAUGCGAAUGGCAGAGAGAUUCUCACCUGGCCACUUCCCCUGGCGAGAAUAGCUCUUUUGCCGCCACCCCUCAGCCUGAGAGGUGUCUUCUUCCAUGCAGGCGCGAGAUGACCGCAAUCUUAUUCGAAGAUGGGUUCGAUGCCUUGAAAAGCGACCUCGAGCAGCAGCCCAUGAGGGAUACGAAGCUUCGCUUCCUCGAUAGAGUUCUUGAGAGCCUUGGCUCGGUCUCGACUCUCAACACCCCCAAUGGAGAACUCCUUGCAGAGUACUACAUCGCUUUCAAGGCUACUCUACUCCCGACGGAGACCGCAAAGGCUGCAAAGCGCAUCUUGAAACAGCGACCAUCGAGUAUGCGUCUCUACAAUGCCUACGCACUUGCGGAAGGACGAAGCCAGAUGGCCAAAGCUUUGGAAAUUUGGUCAGCCGCGUUGAGCUUGCAGCGUCGCAUUGAGUCAAACCAGCACCACGAUCUUAUCUACCUCUGGCAUAGUCGCUUCAUCUGUCAAGUCAAGAGUGGUGACGAACGAGGCGCUCUACAACUGCUGCUCGACACGGCUAACGGCAACAAGGAGUGCAUCGGGGUUGAAGAUCAGUCUGAUCAUGCGUCUGAGUUCUCUACUCGACAAUUGAGACUUCUUCGCAGAAUUGAAGAAGAUCUCGAUCGCUUGUAUCUCCUGGGCAGGUUUGAGCAUGCAGUGCUGUGCGCAGAUCUAUUGGCAUGGAUCUCAUACCUCACUACGGAGAACAACACAGAUCGACCCCUACACAUAUACUCGAAGUACAGCGCUAAAUUUGCUCGCGACAAAGGCUCGAUAGCCAUCGAGCAGCUGCAUCAGUGUAAGGUCAGACUCAUACAGACGCACCUUGAACGACAUCGACCGCACAAGCCUUCGGUGCUACAGCAAGAGCUAGAAGACAGUCUAGAGCUGUUUCCCGACAACAGCGUUCUGCUCGAGCUCCAUGCGAGGAUUGCCACACAGGAUCGUAUCAGAGCCCUUGUCCGUGAACAGAAGGCGACGAGCUCGAUAAGCUCUUUCAGCGUGGUCCAGUGGGCAUUCAAGAUCGGGGAGGAGAUUCGACGCAGUGCACAUGAGACUUCAGGAUCGACCUCCAACACCGGUGGCUGGCACCCAGGUGGUGGCAAGGGAGACUCGUCAGGUUCCGCAAGCUCCACGACAGGCGUGCGCGGGAAGCUCAGCGAACUCAAAGGGAAGGCCACAGGGAAGCCCGUUGACAGACACAACUACGAUGCCGCCCGAUCCCAUCAAUCCGCCCCGUUGUCAAGCCUAAGAGAUCUGGCCUCGUUCGCUCCACCGCCGAAACACAGUGCAUACUACGGUGACGGUGCUCAAAGCCCGGCCGUCACACGAACAGUGACCUCGUCCUCCGUAGCUGCAGCGAACAAGCCAGCCCCUUCACUUGGAGCACCGCUGGUAGAGACGGGAUACGCGGCGCGUAGAGCCGCCGAGCAACGCGAACGUCAAGAGCAAGCAGAAUUAGAGGCAGCCAAACCGAAAGGGCCAUACCGCAGCGAUACCUCAGGUCUGAGAACGGACAAUUUACCCCCGCCUCCAGUCAAAAGAGUGACCGCGAACGUCAGUGGAGGCAACGGGCCUACACCCUCUCCAGCUAGAAGAGCCAGUCCUGCUUUACCUCCACGGGUACCUCCACGGCAGGCCGCUCCUCCUCCGAGCCUACCUCCUAGGCAGAAUGAAUACCCAGAUGAGCACACUCCUGCCCCUCCUCCCGCCUAUCAGGAGGCGAUUAGCCAGCCUACAACACAAACCCCUUCGGCUCCUGUAGCACCUCCGAGACAAGCCGGAAUGAUCAACCAGUUCGCGGCCAAUCGCCUGGGUCAAGCAGGUGUGAAUGUGUCUGGCUUCGGAAUUGGCGGAGAGACGAGCUCGACAGCCAACAAUUCGGCCGCAAAUCCUGCGCAACCCGCGAGAGAUUACAGAUCCCAGAUAGGUCAGAUGGGAGCAUUGCAUCAGCGAUACCAGAACUCUAAUGCGAACAAUACAAGUGCAGGCUCUUCGCAGGCCGCGGGUGGGUAUGGGCAGCAAGUGGGAGAAUUGCAACAGCGAUUCUCCAAAAUGAAUACCGGUAACUCAAAUGCGCCGUCGUCUUCUUCUCACGCACAGACUGCUCAAAACGCAUUUUCGGGCAUAGCAGCCGCAGUACAGAAGAAGCCACCGCCGCCUCCACCAAAGAAGUCUGGUCUGGCAGCACCACCUCAGCCAGUUUCGGCGAGUCCAUCUGCAGGCCUGGCACCUCCACCAUUGCCUCUGGGCAAACAACAUCUCGUGCUACACGUCUCUUGGACAUAUCAAUCCCGACUCAGCCGGACGAAAGAACAGCCAGUCUGGAUCUCAGCGGACCAAAUCAGCUACAUGCCUCCAAAUCCCACCAUUGUCAUCGUGCCAGAGACCUGGUGUCCUCCAAGCCUUUACGAUCCUCUCACCCUCCGCCUCGAACGAGCUGGCUAUCGUGUAUGGACCGUGUUCCUCCCAUCGACCGGCGACAAGAUUUUGGCCAAAUGGGGCACUGAAGAUGUCGACAUCAUCGCUGCAACCAUUCGACACUGCGACAAUCGAGGAGAAGACAUUGUCGUUGUUGCUCACGGUGCAGGAGCUGCAUCUGCCGGCGACGCGGUUUCUGGUCUCAGCAAAGCCGAUCGAGUUGAGCAAGGGACGCGUGGUGUCGUUGUCAGAUCUUGUGGGAGCGCGAGACUGGGUGACGGACCAUGGGACCUGGGAUGUACCGGAUUCUGCUCGCAUUCCAGCAAACUUUGGUGA